AUGGCCUCGGCCAUGCGUCAGCGCAAGACACCCUCCAGAAUGACUCUCAGUCAAGAUGUCAGCAGGACGCGGACAGAGAACAAAGGACCGAAACGAGAAACUGCAGGUCCAUUCGCUGGAAUGAACCAGACAGAGGCGAGGCUUCCUGACCGAAGAGCGCCUCGCGCAAUCCCCUCCCGGCCCAGAAUGGCUCUGCGGACAGAAAUCAGGAAGCGCACGUCGCAGCCCCGGCCAUCGACUGCAACCACCGUUCUUGACCCCGAAAGCAAUGCGACAGCCGGAACAGGAACCGCAACCACUGAACUUCCGAAAAGGAAGACCAGCGCGAACAAAGACAAGGACGAGAGGCCCCUCUUCCACGCUCUGAAGAUGCAGCAGACUUUAGCACCCCUGUCCUACAACCAACGAGACAAAAUAAAAGCCAAACUGGAGAAGAUCAAUUCCUUUGAAGAGCUAGGGCUGAUGCCUCCGGUGUCGAGCGCGGUGUAUACGCAAGUCCUGCCCAGUUUGACGGAAUACGUGCCGACGCCGAUCCAAAAACUGGCGAUUCCAGCGCUGCUCAGCAAGAAGAACGAAUUCCAGAAGCAGAAAAACGCAGACGGCCAGCCCAACUUCGACCAGGUGCUGAUCGCCGCUGAGACCGGGUCCGGCAAGACUCUAGCGUACUUGCUACCGAUAAUCCACCACGUCAAGGAGCAAGAGGAGCUGGACCGGAUUGAAGAAGCGGAACGCGAGGCCCAGGAGGCCCAGGACAAGGAAGACCGAGAGAAGCGCCUGGUCUUCGAAGCCGAUCCGUCUGAAGACGAGCCGAAAAUCCACCCGUCGAUGGGCCGACCACGGGCCCUGAUCCUCGUUCCCUCCUCGGAACUCGUGGCCCAAGUGACCAAAGUGGUCAAAUUGCUCUCACACACGGUGAAAUACAAGUCGGCGGGGAUCUCGGCGUACAACAGCCCAACGGUGAUUCGCAACCGGCUGUUCAACCCGAACGGGAUCGACAUUCUCGUGUCGUCGCCGCAUCUGAUCGGGAGCAUUGCGAAGAAAGAGCCCAACAUCCUGUCUCGGGUGCAAUACCUGGUCAUGGACGAGGCCGAUUCCCUAUUUGACCGAUCCUUCAGCGAGACGUCAUGCGCCAUCAUCGACCGGGCGGCGCCGUCUCUGAAACAGCUGAUCCUGUGCUCCGCGACGGUCCCGAACUCGCUCGACCGCUUCAUCGACCGUCGCUUCCCCGAGUGCAAACGCAUCGUCACGCCGAAACUGCACACCAUCCCACGCCGCGUCCAGCUCGGCGCCGUCGACAUCGACAAAGACCCGUACCGGGGCUCUCGAGAUCUCGCCUGCGCCGACGUCAUCUGGACGCUGGGCAAGGCGGUGCACGAAGACCUGAACGCGCGCAACACGGUCAAACAUAUCCUCGUAUUCGUCAACGAGCGCGAACGGGCCGAAGAGUUGGCCCGUUUUCUGGCCAGCAAGGGCAUCGACGCCGUCGCCUUGACCCGAGACACCACCGAGCAACGACAAAACGAGAUCCUGUCGACAUUCACGGCAUCCACGGCCGUCGAAGGGUCCGAGAAGCCCUCGACCGGCAACAAGAAAAACAAGCUGUUCAACGACUUUGUGCCCUUCGACAGCUCCACGUCUGACCCGUCGGCCUCGUCGUCGAGCGGCGGCAAACCUACACGUCAUCUGCCCGACACCAAGGUGUUGGUGACCACGGACUUGGGAUCACGGGGCGUCGACACGCUGGCCGUGCGACACGUGGUGCUGUAUGAUGUGCCGCAUACCACGAUCGAUUUCGUACACCGGCUAGGUCGACUGGGUCGCAUGAAUCGCCGAGGCAGGGCCAUUGUGUUGAUGGGCCGACAUGAUCGGAAGGAUAUUAUCCGGGAAGUCAGAGAGGCCAUGUAUAAGGGACAAGCGUUGAUAUGA